AUGUCCACCCCCCAAGACCCAACCUCCCCCUUCAACUACCCACCCUCCCAAACCGCCCUCCUGCUCCUCGACUUCCAAACCUUCACCAUCAACCUCUGCGCCUCAGCAGGAGAAGCCGCCCUCGCCAAAGCAGCGACCCUCCGGCAAUGGGCCCUAUCCCAGAAAAUCCUCAUCAUCCACUCCAUCAUCGACAUCGACGGCACGGUCCCGCCCCAGACAAAAGGGGUCAGCAGAGUUCAGAAUAUGCUCGCGGGGAUAAAAUCCGACCCAGAAUCUGGGCGAGAACCUCCCUCCAUCGCAGCGGGAACGGAUCAGUCAAAGGAAGUCGUAUCCCUCAAACAACCCGGUAUCGUCUCGGGCAUCAAGUCGGAGGAAUGUCAAGGCCUCCUCAAGGACCGCGGGAUCAAGAAUCUCAUCAUCUGCGGGCUUUCGACCUCAGGCGCCGUGCUGAGAACCACAGUGCCUGCCACGGACGAUGGGUACGUUGUGAGUGUCAUCAGCGACGCAUGCGCAGAUCGGACGGUGGAGUUGCAUGAGACGUUGAUGGCGAGUGUGCUCGGUUCCAGGGCUCAUGUUGCUACUUUGGAGGAGUUUUUGGGCGAGUGGAAGAAGGGUGAGAGUGGGAGGUGA